AUGCUGCACAUUCUAGUUUUUGCUUUGCAUUGCAUGCAAUGCGAUAAGAAUGCUGCGUGGUACUCGGAAGAGGAACACGAACGCCUCCUCGAACUGUGUCAGCACGGCAUGGUGCCGUUGACUCCGUGCCGGAAUCACUCGCACACUCACUGCAUCGUCAGCUGGUAUCGGAGCGGAGGCAGUACAGAAAAGGUUGUGACUGAACGGAAGUGUGGUGGAGUGGAAGACGUGACUGGAUGCACUUUGUAUAACUCGAAAAUCAGUCGAAAGGUAAGCACUCUGUAA